ACGACUGAAGUAGAGAUGUUGUCUUUUGCCCUCUCCCUCCCUCAUCCUUCGUCCUCUCUUCGCAAGGAUUCAUUUCCAUUUCGCUCUCCCAAUCUGACUUCAUCCCACCAUCAAAGUAAAAUCUGCUCUAUCUUCAACACCACUCACCCAUCAAAUCAAUUCCUUUUUCGUCCUCUCCGAUUCUCUACUAAGCAUCAACAAAUGAAGAAGAAGAAGCGUGGAUCCGGUGCCGUUUGUUACUCUGCUCCUUUUAUCCCUCGAAACAUUCAAUGGGUUUGCACUGUGGCGUCCGCGGUUCUAAUGCUUUCCAAAGGCACUGCAGUUCAAAAGUCAUUUCUUGUUCCUUUUUUGGCUCUACAAGCACCUUCAAGCAUCGUCUCAUGGAUCAAGAGCGACAUUGGCCUUUGGACUGCAUCCUUGGCACUUCUCGUUCGUCUUUUCUUCCCUAUACCUGGUGCGUAUGCUGUUAAACCAGGUGAACUGGAACUACCUUUCAUGGCAUUGCUACUUGUUAUUGUGGCUCCUUACCAAGUAAUGAACCUAAGAGGAACACAAGGAGGUGCAAUCGGUUCUUUAUUGAUUGCAGCAUACCUGGCUUACCAACAUUUCUCGCGGGCAGGUAGCUUGAAAAAUGCGUUUGACCAAGGAUCAAUUAUUGCCACCAUAGCAGUCAUUUGCAUCACUGUCGUCCCAUGCUUGCUUUUGAUCUGACCUUAGUCUGACAUUUCUGUAUCUUGGUUAGUUUGCAUGUAUAGUUGGUCCUUCUCUGUAUCUUGGUUAGUUUAUAUGUAUAAUUUCCUGGUAACGAGAGACAGUUGAAGAGGGAUGUAGCAUGUAUUCUCAAUUUCUCAUAAGGUGUGCUUGGAAAUAUUAGUCAAUAUCUUUGAUGGGCCUCAAACAUUACACCAUC